CCAAGGUCACAAUCAUAAUAAAUGUUUGACAGAAAGGGCUACUUACCAACGGUAUUUGACUAUCUUGACAUUGUAGAAGAAUAAAUAGUCUUUAAUGCCUCAACCACUACCUCAUUUAUGAAAACAGACCAAACCUUCGAAGUAGAGGAGGCAACACAAGGAGUGAAGUUCAUAUAUUACACAACAUUGAAUCCUAAUAAACACACUAUUCAAGAUGAGUGAAUGUUCAUGUCAAGUAGUUUCAACUGGGGGGUGCUAUAUGUGUGGAAAAAAGUGUGUUGGCAUUUUACUGGAUGCAUGCUCAUGGUGUGAUUCAAACUAUAGUCAUUAUUUCUGCACGAGGCAAAUAAAGAAGAACAGAAAGUACAUGGAAUACUUAUGCAAAGAUUGUUCAGCAUGGGUAGAUGCACCAACUAUGAUACCAAGGAAAUCAGAUCGGAUAAUACAACUAAACAGAAAGUACUUUAAUGCAGAUAUGGUGGUAGGUAUGUCAUUUGAGUGGAUGAGUAGAAAUGCAUAAGUGAUGGUCAUGUGUAACAUGAAUCUUUUGUAACAUGCAUGAGAUAUGCAUUGAUGGUUAGGUGUGGAUGUGAAUCAUAAGUGCUGUGUUCAAUGAAUGGCAGUUUGAAUGAAAAAUGACAAUGAUGAACAUUAUAUGUAUUAUUCGCAUGCCGUAAUAUAACAGUUUAUGUUCUGAAGUUAUGUAGUGUAUGAUAACAUAGGUGAUGUGUACAAUGAAGUGUUAAUUUAGCAAUACCAAAUAUUUUU